AUGAAAACGCCGAGCAUCGAAACUUGGAAAAAUGAGUAUAGCGACAAAGAUUACACCAUUGAAGUAACGACCCAGAAUUUACAGCGAUUUGUCCUAAAACCGGGUUGCCAGACUUUGGAACGGUUCAGAUUGCCUAUAUCCCCGACGAGCGAUGUGUCGAACUCAAAUCGUUGA